CCUCAGACGCUAGCGAGAUCCUUUGUUCCUUCCUAGCAAUUCCAUCCCUAAUUCCCUAACUAUCUUCUGCCCGCUAGUCGCUAAUAAGCUGCUCCAAUGGCCGGAAUCAGCAGCGGCGGCGGCGUUUCCCUGACGGAGGAUUUAAUGGAGAGCAUCCUCCAAAGGCUGCCAACCGCUUCCUGUAUCGCUAGAUUCCGCUGCGUUUGCAGAUCCUGGCGUGUUCUCCUCUCAGAUCCCCAAUUCAUUCUCAAGAUCCUCUUCUUCCCCAAUAAUUCCGACGACGAAGAAUCCUCCCUCCAGAUCCUAAUCACCGGCGGCGGAGAAGCCGCCACGCCUUACGAAAUCCGCCGCCACCGUUACUCCUUGCUCUCCUACGACACCCUCCGCCCCGUCUCUGCCCCAAACGCAGAAGGGGAUUUGCCCUCCUCCGACCGGCUACCCUGCCCCUCUUUAACUGUCGCCGGGAAUUGCGACGGCAUAUUCUGUAUCGUCGACACGGACCCCAACAUCGAGGGCGCCCCCGACGUCAUUCUGUGGAAUCCGGCCACCUCCGAGACCAAAUUACUCCCCGCCUCCACCGCCAUCCCACGGCGCACCCUCUAUCCUCAUCAGCAGAUCACCGGGUUCGGGUUCGAUCCCCAAACCAACGACUACAAGGUCGCCAGAAUAUUGUAUUUCGGCGAUGCGUGGCAGGAAGAGAUGGAUGAUCCCAGUCUUGAGCCUUUAACCACGAUUACUUAUGCGGAGGUUUAUAGCUUGAGGAAUGGAUCAUGGAAGAGUCUAACCAUCAAUGGUGAUCUGAUCCCGCACCUGGGGUAUGGCGGCAACUAUGUUCAUCCACAGCAGCAGCGGGACAAUCGCAAUAAUUCUCAAACCCAGAGGAGACAACACUGCUACUGGUUUUAUGCACUGUCUGGAGUUUGCUUUAGUCUUUCGUUCGACAUGACUGAAGAAGUGUUUGAAUCCACCUUCAUAACCCUCCCUCCUCCCCUCCGCGGCAAAGGAAUGGCUUCCAUCGGGUGUUUUGUGCUCAAGGAUGCACUUCACACCAUGUUUCACGAUUGUAGCGGGGAUUGCGAGAAUUACUCCGUAUGGUGCAUCCUGAAACUGGAAGUUGCCGAGUCUUGGAUCAGAUUGUAUACCUUCACGUCACACGCGUGGAUCGUGGCGAUCUUACAAGUUUGGAAGGAGGAUCGGUACAUCUGCUCGCGACAGAGUCGCGGAAGUGCGAGCUCGCAGCCUCAUGGGGCAGGAGAAAAGGACGGAGUGUACAUUUUCUCCCCAUCUACAGGGAAAUAUGGCGAUCUUGUUGAAAUUCAGGGCAGAACGCAUCCGUUCCAAGCUCACAUUUUUACUCCGACACAGCUGCUGAACAAAGGCAUCGUUCCAUGGGGACAUUAUAGCGUAGCUGCGAUCCAACACUACGCAGGGGAAGCGGCCAACUUGAAGCCCAACAUCGUGUGCUGGGCUGAUCCACAUGGAGCCGUUUUCCUGUAUGAGAUCCGCUACUGCACGGACCUCAAUGGACAACAGGCUGCUUGUCCCGUGCCGCAUUACCACGUGGCAAUCAUGUGGCUGGGGACAACAUAUGUGUAUAUCGCUAAUUAA